AUGUUGAAUUUGGAAGAUGACAAUGUGCAUCCAAACAAAUCAACUGGAGCUUACGGAAACCCWCAACCGUCUGCAUUUUCUACCGAUACGGUGCUUAAUUCUCGUCAAGAUCUAAUUGAUUGGGUACACAAUGUGRCAUUUUCACUUGGUUUUGUUAUUGUUAUCAAAAGAAGCAAAAGUGACUCACGUUGGGGCCCAUCUAAAGUUGUAUUGCAAUGUGAUUGUGGUGCUAUACACAAAGGUAACAAAACCUCCAGUAAACAUACUGGGACAAGAGAAACAAAUUGCCCAUUUUGCUUGAGGCGAUUGUCUGAAACUCAAGCUCUAUUGGUGGAAGAUUUGUCGGCCAACAAUGUGAAACCUAGAGAUAUUUUAUCAACAAUCAAGCAGCAGUAUCCAAAUAACGUGUCUACAAAAAAGAUGAUAUACAAUCAAUGCCAGAAACUUCGACUUAAGAAGAAUGCAGGUAGAACUCCAAUGCAAGUUGUGAUGUCAUUUUUACAAGAUGAAGGCUACGUAUAUUAUGAUCGGGAAAAUGACUCGACCAAUGAAUUGGAAGAUUUAUGUUGGGUUCGA